AUGCUGAAUCGGGCCCUUUUCGUCACCCGAGCGCGACGGAUUCCGCUACAUUUUGCCCGAACGGUUGUCUUCCACCGUAAGCGCAGGCCCCAGCGUCCGGAUCCAAAAAAGAUCGACACUUCGCUGAGCGAGCAGAUCAAAAAUCUAGAGAAAUUUACACAGCAGGUCCAGAGCAUUGUCAAGACCAAACAGGACCUUGGCGCUCAGAAAAAGGCAAUGGAGGACCUCCAUAUAAACGACAACCCAGAUGAUCCAGUUGAUGAGGAGGCAGAUGCGCUGUUUGAGGCGCUGAUGUCUUCAAACUCCUCUCAAAACCCGCUGCUUUUGGAGGACGGGCCCAGCCCGCAGUCCAUGUCGAUCUUCCCCCCUGCCGAGCCCCACACGGCGCUGCCCCUAUCCAUCCGCGAAAAGCUCGAUCCAGAAACCAUCAAGCACAUUACGGUAGCCGCCGGGGCCAACUGGGUGCCUGUGGUGGACCGUUUGCACCAGACCUCUGGGCUGGCCGGUAGCAGGCCGAUCGACGUUGUGCGGUUUGUGACGAAGAUUCCGCGGCCGCAACGGCCGCUGGUUGUCGCUAAGAUCCACGACAUGGCAAUGUCUGCCGGGCUUCUGGAAAACGUUCAUAUCUACAACACCAUAAUGAGCUGCUACAACAUGGCUUCUGCCACGCAGGCCCGACCGAUUGUCGAGAAGCUGUACUCUGAGCUGCAGGAAAAAAAUAUCAAGCCGAACCUCAUCACUUACAGCGUGAUGGUGAACCUGUACAGCAAACUGACCGACGUUGACAACGUCCGCAAGUUUAUGCAGCAGAUUUCCAACGAGGGCCUGGUGGCUACCAAAGAGGUGUACACGUCUGUUUUGCAAAUGUAUGUGCGGCUGGAGAAGUACGAACACGUUUUGGAGACGUUCAACACGAUGAAGUUUCUUUCUAUCGAGACGGCACCGUCCUCGCGUACUUAUUCGUCUGUGAUAUUGAUGGACGUGCUAAAUAAUAACGUCGAGCAUGCCUUGGGAUUAUACGAAGAAAUGGUGGCCAAGCAGCUGCCGCUGGAGCCCGAGACGUAUCUGGCGCUCGUAAAGGGGUGCACCACUCGGCGAGAACUGAUUGAAAAAGGAUGGCAGUUUAUUAUUGAGUAUUAUUCCAAAGGUUUUCCGAUGGACGCCCGCGUGAUAGAGAUGAUGAUGGCUCUGGCGGUGAAGGACUCCGACUUGAGCCUGGCAAGGGCACUGUUUGUGGGGCUGUUCGACACACUGACCAAGGCCGAGGGCCGCCUGGUGCCGCCAUCGCCGGUCGCGCUGAAAUACCUGUUCAACGCGUACGCUUUCUACGACCCGCAACGAGUGCCAGUGAGCCGUCUGAACCAGAAGGUGGGGGACAUUGCUGCGCGUACGUUCGACCUGUGCGACUUCUGUUUCCACGUUGACGCGCCACCGUUUCUGCCGACGCUACACCUUGGCGAGACACAGGCUCUGAGCGAGGCUCGUGCACUUUUUCAGUACUUUUUGGCCAAGUUUCCGCAGCAGAUUUCCGUGGAGGUGCUGGAUGCGUUUUUGUUUGUGUUUGCGUGGAAGGGCGAGUCGAUGGUGGAGUUUGAGCAGCUAUGGAACAAACACACGUUCUUUAGAGGCGAGGGUGUGACGGUGGAGGAGCCGGAGGAGCAGCUGGAGCAGAGUGUGCAGGAGCAACCGGCUAACAAAGAGCCAGCCGUCGCCGCUGCAGCUACCACCCCCACUCUCAAAUACCCACGCAACGACAGACUGUACAACGUGUGUCUGCACGCCGCGCGCAUUCACAAGGACGUGCGGUUUGCACAGAAAAUAUGGACAGAACGCGGCAAGUACAGAAAGACACCCGAGUUCCAGAGCCUAAGUCCGCAGAAACAGGACCAGCAGGACUUCAAGUUCGCCAGAGGCAUUGUUUCGGUGUUUGCACAGACCAACAACGUCGUCGACGCCUACCAGGUGGUGCUGAGCUCACAGCGGCGCUUCUCGUGGACAUAUUAUCAUUUGAAGGAGCUGAUGCUCCUGGCCGAAAAGCUCGGCUACACUAGCAUCCACAAAAACCUCAGAGAGGUGGCUCAUCUGGCCGAAAAGCGGCAACGCAAGAUGUUUGUAAAUAGUUAA